UGGCGGUCGAGCGCUAUUUCUGUAAUAAGUGGUUAUUAGAAUCUUCCACGAAUCCGCAAAUGAUGACAAAAUAGAGCUUGCAAUCAUUUUCAACGCAAAUCCAAGAUAUCAAUUUUUAAAAAAUAAUGACAUUCACUGUUGGUGGCGGUGGUGCCUGGCCGAUCGGCUUGUCGAUCUUUGGUGCAUGAAGCGCCCAUAACGAGUUAUGAGCAACAACAAAUACCGGGAAAUUUUAUACAUGCCUGCACCCAAAAUUAGAUCAACAGGAGGCAGUGUCUUGGCACCCAUGUUUUUUAUAAGUGACUGAGGAGGCGCAGACAUGCGACUUGCCGCGAAAUGGCCUGCCUGGGAACAUGAUCAGAGACCAAUUAUCUAAAAAAAGAGCUUCAGCAAAGUAUAAAAAGGCCUCCCCCAUACAUUCCUGUUUACUGGUGCAAAUCAAUCAACCAUGGCAAAGCUAUCAGCAACUCGUUUCCUCCUUCUACUCUUUGUCGUCUUAGCGCUAUUGAACGCAUCCGUUAUGGCACAGGAUGAUCCCUCUGAUUCGCUGACAGAUUCAGGCUCUGCAGAUCCAACUGACAGUGCGGCAGACCCUAGUGCUACCGACGCUGGUGUCGAUGACCCUAGCGAUUCUGGUAGUGACGAUCCUACUGCCGAUGCUACUACUGAUACUAGCCUUGAUGACCCUACUGAUACUUCUACUGAUGUUCCUACGGAUACUUCCAGCGAUGCUCCCACUGACACUGCUUCUGUACCAGCGACUAUCAUGGCUUCAUCCUCCACUCCUAUGGUGUCUAGCAUGUCAUCGAUGGCAACCGCUGCAUCUGUUGUACCAACUCUUAUUUCCACCUCCUCCCGUCCCAGCAUAGUUUCAUCUUCCGCCUCCAGCAAGCCUUCCACCAGCACAGCAGCGACUUCGGCCGCUACUGUUCACGCUGCAGGCUAUGUUACUAUGCUUUUUGUUAUGAUCGGUGCCCUUGCUGUUUACAAUUAAUAAUGAAAAUGAGUGCUGUUUCAGUUUCAUUUCCA